AUGGACAUAUUGCAGUGUGCUGCACUAGAUGUGACAACGAGUGGUGGUUUUGGGGCUUUCUUGACGGCCACCAUGCGCGGGGACAGGAAGGGAUGGCUACACUGGCUGGGUGUGCACUGUAGUUCAUUUGUCAUGACAAGCCGGGGCUCUACAGGCAGGUCAAUGGCCAAUCCAGAGGGGUGCUCCGAUAUCCCUGCCGUUGAGUCUGCAAACAAGAUGGCAGCUAGGGUGGCCCUAUUGCUCCUUGCAACAAGUGCGUUUCUUGGGACCUGGGUGGUGGAACAGCCGAAGUCCUCCCUGCUCUUCCAGCUUAGCCCUUUGCAGUUUGUGUGUGAGAGAAUGCAGGUAUUCAAGUGCCAGUUCUGGAUGUGGCACUAUGAAUCUCGAACCCCAAAGCCGACGGUGUUGUGGUCCUCAAGCCGAGCCAUCGCCAAAUUCUGGAUGGGAUCCUUAAAGCGUGCCCAGGUGCGAGCGGAGCAGGAGAAGCGGAACCCUGGGAAAUGUGGACCUCCGGUCAAGCGAUGGAUCGACAAGGAAGGCAGGCAGCGCUUCAAGGGCACUUUUGACCUGCGGGCUACUGGGCAGUACACAGCUGCCUUUGGCAAGAAGAUUGCAAGCGAGCUCCAUGCCUUGAAGCAGUUUACGCCCCGACCCUCGGAACAUGAUGAACUACAAAACCUUGAUGCCAUGACUAUCUGGUCUGCUUGGGGCUGGGAGGAUCUCUGGCCCAUGGCUGAUAUGACUGAGUUUGUCAAGUACCUGUAUGGUUCCAAGGCCUUGAAGAUCCCUGCCGAAUGGGCUCCACUGCUUCCUAGAGAACUCUGA